AACAAUACCUAGCAAGAUUUUCUAUUAACAGUACCUAAAAAUGCGGGUUACAAUAGUGACAUUAUUCGCCUUUUUGGGCUUUGCACAUGGCGUUAGUUAUGAAGGAUACAAGGUGUAUACAGUAUCACCUACAACAGAAUUACAAAAUGCAUAUUUACAAGAAUUGGAAUCAAGUCCCGAUUUCGACUUUUGGUCAAAAAUUAACAAAGUUGGUGCUCCGGUCGUGAUUAUGGUAGCGUCUAACGUCCAAAAACCAUUUGAAAAUUAUUUAACAAGACAUAAUAUUAAUUUUGUGGUCACAAUUGAAAAUGUGGAACGAACCAUCCAGACUGAAAAAGCCUACCACACUUCUCGCCAAGCUCGAAAAUCAACUCGUAUCACUUUCGACCAUUAUCUCCGCCACCAUGAGAUCAACUCGUACUUGGCCCAACUGGCAAAAACCAACCCUUCGCUGGUCACUCUUGAAACCAUCGGUUGGUCGUACCAAAACCGUUCCAUGGACCUCGUCCGCAUCUCUUCCGGUCCUUCGGAUCCACCAAAACCGGUCAUUUUUAUCGACGCUGGCAUACAUGCCAGAGAAUGGAUAGCCCCAGCCCUUGCCCUUUACAUCAUCAACCAACUGGUUGAAAACCCCGAUAAUUUGAACCUAACGAGUGACAUCGACUGGAUUAUCCUCCCUAGUGUCAAUCCAGAUGGUUAUGAGUACACUUGGACCACGAACCGUCUCUGGCGCAAAACCAUUUCUCCAGGUCUGGUUUGCGAUGGUUGCGAUGCUAAUCGCAACUUUGAUUUUCAUUGGAUGGAAUCAGGGGCUAGUAAUUGGGAGUGUUCGGAUACCUACGCUGGAAAGACGGCUUUUUCCGAAGUGGAAACUCAAAAUUUGAAAAAUUUUUUACUCAAAACUCCAAAUAUUGAGGCUUAUAUCACUUUGCACAGUUAUGGGCAAUAUUUCUUGUACCCUUGGGGCUAUAUUGAUAAGCUUUGCGAUAAUUGGGAGGAGUUGGAUCAGUUGGCUCAUACUAUGGAUGAUGCGAUUAGUGCUGUCAAUGGGACAAGGUAUACCAUUGGUGGGUCAACGGCUACGCUGUAUGCCGCAGCUGGGGCUAGUGAUGACUGGUCAAUGGGUGUGAGGAAUGUUAGUAUUGUGUACACAUGGGAGUUGCCAGGAGGGGGCACUUAUGGCUUUGAUAUGCCUCCCGAGAGGAUUGAGGGAGUUGUGGUCGAAUCGUUUGAGGGGGUCAAAGUUUUGGCCGAUUUUGUUGCCAAAAAUAGGAAAUAAUUUUUUCAUUUUGGUAAACUUGUAGUAAAAGUAAAACAGAUAAUAAAAUGGUUUGAACGUUGUUAACAGAUAAUAAAAUGGUUUGAACGUUGUUAA